GGACAGAGUAUGUUCGUGUGUGGGCGUAAUAUAUGAAUUUAGUCUCUAUUAGAGAAAAUUGUAAAUAAAUUAGCGAAAUGUUGCUAUGUAGCUAAUAUUUGUGAUUAAGUUAUUUGAAAAAUAUGGGAGAUGUAGUUCGUAAAUCAAAUAACAGCUCUCUGUUUAUAUUGAACAAAUGUUUGUGUGUAUUAGUUCUUUUAGUGCAUAAAAUGUAAUUAAAUAAUAUUAUCCGCAUUCGGGUAACAUGUGUGUGGAAUAUUAACUGUUAUAGUACUGGACUAGAUUUUUUACAAUGAAUUUAAUGCGCAAAUUGCGCGGCGCUACCGCCUCGGUGACUUCUGAACCUGCGGAGGCUACCAGCUCGACCUCUCAUGUCCAACUGGGACUAAUGCAUCUAAAAAAGCUGUUUUCAGAGUAUACCCACCCUCCACAACCUCUCACAGAUGCCGAGAAAGACGACAAAUUGUACAAUAUGCUACCUCUUUUUUGCAAGAUCUUUGGUACAAGCCCAUCCAGUGAGAUGAAUGAAAAGUUUUGGGAUAUACUGUCAUUCUGCCAACAAGUUUCAAAGCUUAUGGUAUCUGAAAUCAGAAAAAGAGCAAGUAAUCAAAGCACAGAAGCUGCCAGCUGUGCCAUAGCUAAGUUCCUUGAAAUUGAAAAUUCUGAAGAAUCCAGCAAUGGAUGGAUGUUGUUAUCAACAUUGAACUUAUUAGCAGCAGGUGAUCAAUCUCUCAUACAGGUGAUGACCACAGCUUCAAUACCAUCUACGUUGGUCAAAUGUUUGUACUUAUUUUUUGAUCUCCCUGAAAUUCCUGAAUCAGAAGCAGACCUUCAAGAUGGUAAUAGUGAUUUCACUCCUAGAGAAAGAAGGAUAUUAUUACAAAAGAUAUUUGUACAGGUACUUGUUAGAUUAUGCAGUCACCCAUUUCCAUGUGAGGAACUAGCAAGGAAAGACGAUUUGAGUUUGUUGUUCUCUGCAAUAACAUCAUGGUGUGCACCACACAAUAUAAUGUGGCGGAAGUCCGCUGCCGAAGUAUUGAUGACGUUGUCUAGGCAUGGAUUGACACAAUCUGUAGUCCAGUAUAUACAUAAUAAGGGCUGUGUAGCGUUAUGCAUUGAAAAUAUGCAAAGGAUACCAGAAUUGUCACCUUUGGAGGUUGUAGAAAUGUUUGUUGCAGUAUUCUGUUUCUUGAAAGACUCCAGUGAUGUUAGUCAAUUAUUAUUGGACGAUUUUCGUUCAUGCCAAGGAUAUUUAUUUUUAUCGGAAUUUUUACUGAAACAUGAAAGACAAGAAGUGCCCGAUUAUUUAACAUCAGGACUGGAAGAGGAAAGAGUUAGCGGUACAGAAGCUCGAGCGGCACUCCGUAAUUUAGUGUUGAUGAUAUCGUCUUUAUGCGCUUGCGGCUUCUCAGAGCUAAGGCCUACCCGUGCGAACACAGAACUAUUCCAAUUGCAAGGGUUCGUGUUACCGCAGCCGUCGACACCUGGCCAAGCGGUCAGGAAUGUGCAAGCGUUUCAGGUUCUUCAAUCGGUAUUUAUAAAAUCAAAUUCGCCUGCACUAUGUUGCACCAUUCUUGACGCAAUAUCAAGCGUCUACCAUGCUGACAAUGCCAAUUACUUCAUUUUGGAAAAUCAAAACACUCUGAGUCAGUUCUCAGAAAGGAUUUAUACGAAAAAUGCGGAAAUCCAAGAGAAAUUCUUCGAAUUAUUGGAGUUCAUAGUUUUCCAACUGAACUUUGUGCCAUGCAAAGAAUUGAUCUCGUUAUCAUUACUAUUGAAAGCAAAUAGAUCAAGGAGUUGUAGCAUCCUUUGUAUGAAAACUCUUUUAAAUAUUUUAAAACAUAACGCUAUUUUCAAAGAUGUAUACCGAGAAGUAGGUAUGCUUGAAGUCUUCGUCACUUGCCUAUCACGAUAUGCUGCUUUCCUCAAAGAUAAACAAAUAUUAGAAGAAGAAAAAAAUAGAAAAGAAGCGGCAGAAGUUAAUGGGUCACCUAAAGCACCCGAAAGAAGAAAACGGUUAUCUUCCAGGCAAGACUCUUUGAUAAAGGACCCUAAUUUAGACGCUGAAGAAGAAGAGUUAGGUGCCUUAGUUAUGGAAGGAUUGACAGCUUUGUUGAAUGGCAAUUCGAAUAACUGCAACGUUUUUAGAGAUUGCGGAGGCGCGAAAUGUGUCCACGGCAUGGUUGUGCAUGAAUCUUGUCGGAGUAAAGCCUUAGGCGUAAUAAGGGAACUGAUAGUGAGUGGAUCAGGCGAAGAAGACAUGUCUGCACUGCUGUGCGGCAUGCACGCUGCCCCCAACGAUGCAUUACGUUUGAAACUACACAUUCUUAAAGCUCUUUUAGCUUGUUUGCGUGAUUCGCACCGGACUAGGACUAUCUUUAGAAAGGUUAGCGGAUUUGUUUACGUCACAAGCGUCCUUGUUUCGUUGGAAGGCAAACUUAAAGGUAGCGGAAUGGUGGAUCGGGAUAUGUUACAGCUGAUUCAUAUAGUUUUUUACACCAUAAGCACUGCUAUGAGGUUUGAACCAGCGAAUGCUAAGUUUUUUCAUCAUGAGAUAUGCAUGACCACGCUCAGUGACACGAUACGGUUAUUAGGAUGUUUUACUGACGAUUUGGAAUUACAGAAUGAUAGCGAAAAUGGAGAUCCGGAGCUUUAUGAAGUUUUUCACGAAGUUUUCACUGGAAAUUUCUUAGAGAUGACAUUUCCAGACAAAGUGCCAGUUGUAUUUAUGCACGCGUGUAUAGUUUUGAGACUACUAUAUGAUGUUGCUUUGGACUCGUUUGAUAAGCCGACGUUUUGUGGAUCCCUCAACGUCAAGUCUCCAAGCUUGACUAGACAAAGUUCUGCAAUCAAUGAGACCAAGCCUGCUGGCAGAGUGGCUCCUACUAAUCUAUCGACUAGCGGGACCACUGGGGAGGCGUGGGUAAUUCACUCUGGUGUUGUAAUAGUUCUGGCCAAAUUAUUGCCCGCGUUACCAAGACCGCCAGAACACGAACAGUAUGCGCGAGCGAUUCGAGAUUACUUGGCACAUGUACUUAAAAGUCUCGUCAGAAGUGAACGCAAUCAACAAGUUAUGUGCGGGGCGGGUUUGGCUGGCGUCGUGUUGCGAGUGUGUGGCGCCGCACUUAGAUGCGAGAAACAUCCGCUUCACGCACCCGCUAUGUAUAUGUUGGAAAGGCUCGCCGCACACGCAUUAAGACCUAUCGAGCUCAGGUCAAAUCUGCAAACCCGGUGGGCCAGUGCCACUAACCAGGAUCAAAACUUUAGUUUCGAUGACCACACCCAGAGACUACAGAAUUCGUGCACGUUGCCUCCGUUUGUCGAAUUUGACAUGUCAGCAGAAGGUUUCGGUUGUCUCUACCUGCCUAGUAUAGCGCCACAGUCUGCGAACUUAAAUGCCCUUGGCACUCAAGACAAUGCCACUCUUGGCGGCAUUGGGUCAGGUGACCGUGUGUUUCCUCCUCAAACGGGACUAACUUAUUCGACUUGGAUAUGCGUUGAGAAGUAUUCUGAUCCACGUACAGAUCCGCAUUGCGUACGACUGUUGACCCUGGUCAGGAAUAUCAAUAACAGCCGUGACGAGCACCUCGUGUGCUUGACUGUGGUACUGUCAGCCAGAGAUAAAGCGAUCAUCGUGUCUACACAGGAGACUUUAGUACCACACAAUGUAGGAGAAUGGGAACCGGAAGGGUCAGGAGAGUGUGGAGCGAGAGUAUGGUGCCCAGACUUACAACACGAGGGACAAUGGCAUCACUUAGCUCUUGUACUCAACAGAGCGGUACUAAAGAACUCUUCUUUCUCGCUCUAUCUUGACGGGCAACAUAUGCAUUCUGGUAAGCUUCACUACGUGAGCGCUAACCCAGGUGGUGGCGCGGCGACUUUGUCUGGUGCCUCUAGUGUAUACUGUGUGAUCGGUACGCCGCCACAAUGGCGCAGAUAUUCGCGUCUAGUAUGGCGGCAGGGGCCUGCGUUGCUACUUGAAGACGUAUUGCCAGCUCAGAUGGUCGCUGUCAUAUAUCAACUCGGACCCCAUUAUGUUGGUACUUUACAAGCGCCGCAAUUACCUGGACAAAAUCAAGAGCCAUUGGCACCGCUAGUGGCUGAAGAAAAAGUAGUGUUCGGCAUCAAUGCACGUGCAAUGUCGCAACUCACUUUAGCGAAAAUUCGAAAAGUAUACAGUAAAAAUGACAAUAAAGCGAUAGCGAAGCAACUUGGUAUGUCUUCACACGAGAACGCAACGCCUAUUAGGAUAUUACACAACUCGGCCGGACAUUUGAUGGGACCAGCUAGAUGCUUGGGAGGAACAGUAGUUGGUUAUUUAGGUGUCAGAGUAUUUUGCUCCAAACCAGCUGCUAUAAUGGUUGACACAGUUGGUGGAUGUUCUGUGUUACUUGGCCUUAUAGCGAUGGCUCAAGACGUCGAGUGUCUUUACGCAGGUGUUAAGGCAUUGGUAUGUGUAGUUCGUUCUAACAAAGCAGCCCAAGCAGAAAUGGAUCGACGGAGAGGAUACCAAACAUUAGCUAUGCUUUUGAAAAGGAAAAAGCAGCUGCUAAAUUCUCAUAUACUGCAUCUUGUAUUCGGUUUAGUAGGAACAGUAGAUAGUCAGAAAGAAACUUCAUCAAUACCCAAUUUGACAGCAUUUCAGGAUUUAAUAUGUGAAUUGGACGUUUGGCUGGGAGCGCCAGGCGGACUAAUAAAAUCUUUGCUCGAACAUUUAUUAGAACUGGCCACAGAAACAGCGCACAGAACGCACAAUUUGCGCACAAUGAGGGAACUUCAACUAGUCUCAAAACUUUUGUACGUUAUAAACGAUGUGAAGGUCGUUAGCACAAAGAAUGUUCUUAUUCAACUCUUAGCGGCUUUAUUAGGGGGACAGCCGCGACCGAGCGACCUGUUGUGUUUAGGCCAAUUUAUGGCGUACACUUUACCGCUACCGACACAAACUGAAAAAGGGUUAAAUCUCAAAGAAAGCGAUUGUGAGAAAGAAUGUGAAGGCGAGCAAGUUAUUUUGCGAAACAAAUGCUUCAAUGUACUGCACGGACUGUUGUUUACUGCUCGAAAUCUAGUGAACACCAUUGUAUGUGAAGAAAUAUCUAGGGUGUUAGGCAUGGAUUGGUUGCUGAGUUUCAUGCAAGAAAAUGUUCAUCACACAACAGUGCUGUGGGCUUUGAGGAUUCUAGUCAUAUUGUGUUCAGGACAAGGGCAGCAAUCUGCUAUAAUGCAAAGGUUCCGUGAGGGUGCCGGUAAUGGUGGGUGGCUCCGUCACACGGAGGUAACAGCGACGCCGCAGCAAGCGGGCGUGAUGUUACCCGCCGCUGUACACUCAUACGCGCAUUUACACGCAGCACUAUUACACACCUCCGGGUUCACGAUGCUCUCCUGGCUUAUAUUGUCACAUCUCCAAAUACCGGAACUAUAUUAUCUUCUAUUUGGACUUACACUCGGCCAGCCUAUGCGUAACGUAGGUUCAGAUAAAACCGUCUCUGUGGAACGCGUUUGGGGGGCCGCUUGGGGAGCAGCGGCGCCAUCACGUCAAUCCUCCGCGGCGGUCGCGGCCAGAAUAACACUUUGCCCUGAAGCUGUGGUUAUAUUACUAGGGGCAGUGAGAGCACUGAUACACGCUGAGACAGGAUCUAUGCCCGAGUGGCUAAACGACCACCCCGUGGCGAUUAUACAGGUGCUGUUCUCCCUAUACAACACUUUACCGGACUUUGUGACAAUAAUGAUGACUGCUGAAGUUUUGACUGCUUUGGCAUCAACAUUAUUUCCACCUAAUACUACUGAUGACAUACACAUGCCAAUUUGCGAAAGCGGCGAAAGUUCUGGAGCGUCUACGCCAGGUUCUGAGAAAGAGGUGGUGAUACUUGGCAACUCUGCCGCGUUAACUCAACAUCCGGCUCGACAGGGCGUCAUGGAUUUUUUGCGGGUCAUUGUACUCGACUCUCUCCCACUCAAUGUUUCAGGAAAGACUGCACCGGUGAUUGAUUUAGUAUUGGACGCUUCGCCUGCAAACUCAACAAGUCAACAGCAGAUUGAAUAUCAGACUGAGGUUCUUACGACACUUAUGGAAAAUCUUUUGAACACUGAGUUGUUCAGUACAGAAUCUAAUAUUUCCAAUGUAUGCUAUCUGGCCGCGAGAUUGGUUGACAAACUUUGGCAAGGGCAGUUAUCACGAGAUCCUCAUGAGGUGUUUGACUUUAUAGUUAAACUAGUGACUCAAGCUAAGAAGAAGUCAUCAGUAAUAUCAUUGGAAGGUCUACAUCACUGUUUGAACAGAACAAUAUUAUUCCUGUUAUCUCGAUCUACGGAUUCCAUUGCAGAUCAAAUGUCUGUUCUUGAAGCACUCCACAAACUCACUACUAAUAGGUUAUUGAUCUUCGGUGCUGGCAACCACGAGCUAGAAUUUAUCGGUUGCCUUACCUACUGCCUGCUGCAGUUGAGCGCAAACAUGAAGAUAGCUUUAGAUUCCCACAUGCGAACCACCUGGCACGUAAACCCCAGCGGAGAUCUUGAAUCCAGAGAUGACAAACUUACAACUCAUCAAGGUCGUAAUUUAAUGGCUGGGGCGGCGCGUAGAGUAUGGGAAGAGCUAUAUGCGUGUAAGAAGCCAGCCAUCGAAGAAGUGUUUAAAGUAACUUUGGUUGCACCCGUUGGUAACGCUCGCGCUCCCGAUCUCACCUCGGUUAGAGAACAACUACAUGAGAGCGCUCACAAGCUUUGGAUCAAUUAUAUUGAUACAGAACGCAAGGCGGUGUAUAGAGUACCAUGGGAGCUCCACAAUCAGAUUCAGUCGAAGAUACAGAAAGUAACCGGAGGAUUAACACGAUUGGCGUCUAGAACGAAGGUGAAGAAGGAGGACUCCGCCAAGCAGCGGCCUCAUUUGCCCCGAGAUCAUGCCCUAGCUUAUAUGCAGGAUCAUGUUCAACUGGUCAGGAGCGCCUGGUGCGGACAGUUGCGUACAAGCGGCCAAACAGCCGAGCAUACUACACGAUACGUACAAGCGGAAUGGGCUAGCGCGUGGCGUGAGUUGACUAGAGAACGGGCUCUGUGGGGCCCUGCCCGGCCCGACCCGUUACGGAAGUGGGCCCUGGACUGUACCGAGGGGCCCUGCCGUAUGCGCAAGAUGCUACGGCACAACCCUGCCUUCUAUUAUCACUACCCGUAUCGGGCUGAACUUGACAACCCCGAAAAUAAACAAUUAAAGUACAAAGUAGCACAAAGUUUGGACAGCAAGGAGUACUACAAAGUAUAUCAACAGUGGCGAACGGCAGGCAAUCAGUUAGACGAGGUGGAAGGCGUCGAAGCAGCCGACGUACAAGUAUAUCAUGAAGAAGUAGCGACUAACAGAGAACAAUCGCUUGAAGUCACUGAAGGAGAUGGUUCUCCUUCAGAUUUGGUCAGCAGUGGUGUGGUUAGUCGUGGCAACAAUCAAUCUGGCGAAGCUAAUGAAGAUGGUCCCGACAAUGAGGAUGAAGAUGAGCCUCAACCUCCACCUCCUGAUAAUCAAACUUUGCUACGCUUACUAGAGCACCAUGAAAAGAUAUCACACAUGUUCCGAUGUGCAAGAAUACAAGGUCUGGAUACAACUGAAGGUCUAUUAUUGUUUGGCCGUGAACAUUGCUAUGUCAUAGAUGGCUUUACCCUUUUGAAAAAUAGAGAAAUCAGAGAUUUGGAUAGUUGUCCAGACGAUUAUGAACCGAUACUUCCGAGUCAAGGAAUCCAAAGAAGUAAUCAGCGCCAGUGCUCGAAGUUUUUAUACGAAGAUAUACGGGAAGUGCACAAAAGAAGAUAUUUGUUACAACCUAUAGCAUUAGAAGUAUUCUCGAGUGACGGCAGAAAUUACUUGCUUGCUUUUCCAAGAAAAGUGAGAAAUAAGGUGUACAGUAGAUUUACAGCGUUGGCUACUGGUAUGGCGGACAGUGCGGCAGGAUCAGUGGCGGGACAAAAGCGUGGCGUGGCCGUAGAACAGCCGGGCGGUUUGCUCGCCACACUCAUAGGCGACACUUCCGUGACGCAAAGAUGGCUGCGCGGCGAGAUUUCAAAUUUCCAAUAUCUUAUGCACCUUAAUACGCUCGCUGGCCGUUCAUAUAACGAUCUGAUGCAGUACCCCGUGUUCCCUUGGAUAUUGGCCGAUUAUGAUUCACUAGAACUGGACCUCAAUGACCCAGCUACUUUCCGGGACCUCACGAAACCCAUGGGCGCGCAAAGUUCGGAUAGAUUAGAGCAGUUCCGAAAAAGAUAUAAGGAAUGGGACGAUCCCCAUGGUGAAACACCACCGUAUCACUACGGCACGCAUUAUUCGUCCGCCAUGAUAGUUUGUUCGUACCUUGUUCGAAUGGAACCUUUUACACAACACUUUCUUAGACUACAAGGUGGCCACUUUGAUCUAGCAGACAGGAUGUUCCAUUCGAUAAAAGAAGCUUGGAAUUCAGCGUCGAGACAUAACAUGGCAGACGUGAAAGAGCUCAUACCUGAAUUUUUCUAUUUGCCCGAGUUUCUAGUCAAUUCCAAUAAUUUCGACUUGGGUUCAAAGCAAUCCGGCGUAGCUCUAGGUGAUGUAGUAUUACCUCCGUGGGCCCGCGGUGAUCCCCGUGAGUUUAUACGUUUGCAUCGCGCAGCUCUAGAGUCCGAUUACGUAUCACAUCGGUUACACCACUGGAUAGAUUUGGUUUUCGGAUAUAAGCAACAGGGACAGCCAGCCGUCGACUCUUGCAACGUUUUCCAUCAUCUGUUCUAUGAGGGCAACGUCGAUAUAUACAACAUUGAUGAUCCAUUGAAGAAAAAUGCCACAAUCGGCUUCAUAAACAAUUUCGGUCAAAUACCCAAACAGUUGUUCAAGAAAGCGCAUCCUAGUAAGAAGAUGUCGCAACGAAGUUCUACCAUAUUAGAUCCAAAUAACAUAAUUCCGUCGCAAGGCAUUACGCCUCCUGAAAAGUUAUUUUUCCACAACUUGGAGAAUUUGAGACCUUCUUUGCAACCCGUGAAAGAAGUGAAAGGCCCCGUUGGUCAAAUCCUGUACACAGAGAAGGCAAUAUUAGCCGUCGAACAAAAUAAAGUACUCAUGCCUCCCUCGUACAAUAAAUACGUAGCGUGGGGCUUCGCUGACCAUUCACUGCGUAUCGGUAACUAUGACAACGAUAAGGCAGUGUUCGUAUGCGAGGCAGUCGCACAAGCGUGUGGAGAAAUUGUUACGUGUGUGUGUCCAUCGGCUAAAACUAUAGUAACCGCUGGUACUAGUACGGUUGUAACGGUGUGGCAAUACUGGGCGAGGCGACGGAAAUUGGCUGUAAAAGUGUGUUUGUACGGGCACGAAGAAGCUGUCACGUGUUUAGCGGCCAGUCCCGCUUAUAAUUUAGUAGUGAGCGGCAGUAGAGAUGGUCAAGCGAUUGUAUGGGACGUGGAAAGAGGCGCGUUUGUGAGACAACUGUUGCCGCCUAAUAGUGGGCCGUCACCCUCACCUCCUGUCUCCGCUCUCGCCAUAGAUGAUCUUACCGGUGAUAUUGCAACGUGCAGUGGUAGUUGGCUUCACGCUUGGUCGAUAAACGGCGAAUUAUUGGGCGCGAUAGACACAGCAGGGGGACGCGAGCGAUCUCAGCAAGUGCUGUGCGCGGCGUUCAGCCAAACAAGAGAAUGGGACCCGCUUAACGUUAUCAUCACUGGAUCUACGGACGGCGUUGUGAGGAUGUGGUCAAUAGAUUACAUCGCUGAAACUAUUGAAGAACAAACUGAGAGUAUGGAAGCUGUAAGCAUUGAUCCUGUCUCUAGCUCAACAGACGUCGUUUCUAAACUGUCAGUACAAGAAAGCGAAGAUCCGAAAUCGGAGAAUGAAGCAAACGCUGAGACUGAAACAAAAAUUGAGGAUAUUGAACCAAGCAGGACGGAAGCGACUAUAAAGAGGGUAGAAGAACUCGUCAAGCAAAUGAGUCUUUCAAAAGAAAACGAAGGUGAUUUGACGAAAUCAGCAUCAGAAAGUUCCUUAUCAGACGCGUGUGAGACUACAAGCGCAAAGGAAUCUGCAAGAAGACACGAUGAAAAAGAUAUUUGUAGCGAUAGUGAAGAAGCGCGUCGUUACACAGAGACAGAACAGAGGGACGACGUUGUAGACUCUUGCGACGAGGCCAAACAGGAGUACGAUAACGAGAAAGAAUGUGAACCAGAAAAGGAGGAGGCAGUUGGUAGAAGCAAAUUACAGAAACAGGGCAAUGUUGUACUAAGGAGAAAGUCUAAGUGCAAUCCUUUGUAUAGAAAAAGCGGGGGCAGUAUAGGUGAAUCGACAGAGUCUAGUUCGAUGGAGGCGUGUCAGCUGCCUAGUGAUGUGGCGCAAGAAGGCGGUCUACGCACGAGCAAGUCCGACACUAGUCUCACAGACUCGUUCGUAGUACUAGCCGCUCCUGAACCUGCAGCUACAAGGCCGCCAGUCAAAACCAUCACUUCACAAGAUACGGAAUCUGGUAGGAAGUGGAUGCGUCGUUUGAUAUUGCGCGGCAAGUUGACGAUGCACACAGCGUACGAGAGACGCGACAACGCGUGCCCAGCCGCUGUCACCGCGGUGGCGGCCGCGCGGAGUGGACGCGGUCUCGCCGUCGGGGAUGCGAGGGGAAGGAUAUUCCGAUGGUCAGCACCUGACAUGUCUACCGCAUCCGGCGCUAAAGGCGGUCCGGCAGAUCAUUGGAUAAGAGACGAUACCGCCCCAUACUGCACUCAAUGUCAGGUUCGCUUCACGGCUUUAGAGCGUCGCCACCAUUGUCGCGAAUGCGGCGCCGUGUUCUGCGGUCGCUGUUCCCGAUACGAAGCGCCCGUACGCAGAUUGAGAGCGUUGCGACCAGUGCGCGUAUGUCAACGAUGUCACGACGCAAUACAGAAUCGUAACUAGCCCGCGUGUUCAGCGGCCAAUCAAAAAAUAUGGCCGCAACUGACUAUACUAGACCACUUCACGUUACCAUCCCCCUUCUAAGAUGUUUUUUUUUCAGCACACUCCAGGUUGUAACCCGAUACGAAGGUCAGAAUGACUUCGGAUUACUACCUGCGUUUAAAUUAAGGAAUAUUACGCAAAACUCGGCGUAGGAGGCAGCAAUAGCGCAUUUAGUAAACAAACAAAACUUUUCGAAUGUUUUGUCUUUUGGAUAUGAAUGCUUCCUUUCCUUAUUAUACACAAAUAUGCAGUAAUGAUUGGAUUAUAUUACACUAAUUAUAAAUUC